AUUCUCCAUCACGCUGACAUCGAGUUUGAGUUUCGAGAAGAUUACUUGAAAUUGUCAGAAAAAUGUGAGGAUUUUGCUGUCUCUCUGCUUGACCAGUGCAGUGAUCUUGAAGAGAUUUCACUGUUCAUGACCAUGCCAGCUCUGCAAGGGGAUUCAGGCGUUGAUGUCAUUGGAGGAACAUCUCACCAGAAAAUUCUCAGUGUCCUGAACUUUGCUAUUAAAUAUGGCAAUAAAAAAUUUAUUGCCCAUAGAUACAGCCAAGUGAUGCUAAACUCAGUAGUUUACCAUGGACUGAAAGGAAUGGAAGAACACAACUUUUUCAUCAACUCCAUCGUCAUAAUCGUUUAUUGGAUGUUUAUGCCAUUCUUCAUGUUGAUGUACCAGUUUCUACCAACGAAUUGCUGGACAAGAUGGCUGGAAGUGCCGAUGGUCAAGUACCUUAGUCAUCUUGGGUCGAUGGUGUGGUUUUUGUGUAUCUUAAUUGCCGCCGCGUUUCAGGAUAAACUACCAAACUCUCAAGGUUUGAAUAUAACGGUCAUAGAUGUUCUUGUUGCUUUAUGGGUUAUUGGUAUCAUGGUUGAGGAAAUCAAACAAGCAAAACGACAAGGCAAAGAACGAUACACAUCUCARUGGUGGCAUUUGUGUACUAUUUUAGUUGUAGUACUUUUCGUGUUAACGGGAAUCCUGUGGCUCAUUGGGUUUAUAAGCCUUGCCAAGGAUCAGGAUACUUUGUCUGUCUCGUUGCGCACUAUCCUGAAUGAGAACAAUGUUGCUCCUCGAACYUUACUUCUUCUAUCGCACAGUUUUUACGCUUUAGCCCUUGUCCUAACAUUUUUCCAAGCAUCCUCUCACUUUCAGGUGAACUACGAAUUUGGACCUUUGCAUCUAUCAAUGAUGAAAAUGGUUAUCGAUGURGUGAAGUUCUUCAUUCUUUUUGGCAUUGCCUUCUUCGCCUUUUGUAUCGGAYUGAGAAARCUUUACUCACAGUAUAUCGAGACUCUCAAAACAUCACGGAAUGAAACAUCCAUCCAAAAUGCAACACACGUGUUUGAAGGAGCGGAAGGAACGUUCAGCCACAUGUUCUGGGCACUCUUUGGCCUUACUGAAUCACAUCUUUUCAAAACCGUUCAGGGUUUUGAAGUUACUGAAGUCACUGGCAAUCUGAUGUUUGCUGGUUACUUAGUUACAUCCUUGGUUGCCUUAAACCUACUGAUUGCCAUGUUAACAAACACUUUCCAUAAAGUCAGUAUAGUGAGUGACUAUUUAUCCAAAAAAGCAGAGGAUAUCACAUACUUACAGUUCUAUUGGGAUAUCACAAUGUCUUUCUUUACUAACCGAUUAAGAUCUAGAACUUCAAGCUCCAAUACCUUGGAUUCUGAGCUAAAUGAAGUUCAAUCGCCUGGUGUUCCGAAUGUCAGCGAGGAACACAACUACUUCAUCGAAGCUAUCAGAAGAAAUGAUCUUGACACAGUUAAGGARUUUCUGGACGGUCAACGUGUAAAUGCAAACAGUAUCGAUCGAGCUGGAAGAACUGGCUUACAGAUUGCCGUUCAAGGACAAAACAUUGCMAUGUUGACUGUAUUACUGGAAAGAGGUGCAGUUAUCGGCAAUGCAUUGCUGGAUGCUAUUAAAAUGGGAUGUUUAGAAUGCGUGGGUGUUUUGGUCCAGUACGAUAAGGGACGUGGACGAUCCGUUCUUGAYCAUGCAGUGGAGAGACAGCAGAGCCAGCAAAGUACAGCAUCACAAUCAAGUCUGCGAAACAAAGUCCUAACGCCUCUUGUACUUGCAGCUCAACUGGGAAACUUUGAAAUCACGAAGUUUCUAUUAUCAAACGGGUACGUCAUGGACAAACCCCAUCAGAAAUUCUGCACCUGUGCCAACUGUGGAGAUCUUGGAAGACUGGGGUGCUAUCUAAAUAACCUGAAYAUAUAUCGUGCUUUAGCAAGCCCAGUCUACAUCGCCCUCGCCUUCCUGCUACAAGACCCUCAUGACACUUCCAARAAGCUGGAUCCCAUUUACAGAGCCUUUUUGCUAAAACGAGAGAUUCUCCAUCACGCUGACAUCGAGUUUGAGUUUCGAGAAGAUUACUUAAGACUGGCAGAAAAGUGUGAGGAUUUUGCUGUCUCUCUGCUUGACCAGUGCAGUGAUCUUGGAGAGAUUUCACUGUUCAUGACCAUGCCAGCUCCACAAGGGGAUUCAGGUGUUGAUAUAAUUGGAGGGACAUCCCACCAGAAAAUUCUUAGUGUGUUGAAUUUUGCCAUUAAGUAUGGCAACAAAAAAUUUAUUGCCCAUCGAUACAGCCAAGUGAUCCUGAACUCAGUGGUUUACCAUGGACUGAAAGGAAUGGAAGAACACAACAUUUUCAUCAACUCCAUCGUCAUUAUCGUUUAUUGGAUGUUUAUGCCAUUCUUUAUGUUGAUGUACCAGUUUCUACCAACGAAUUGCUGGACAAGAUGGCUGGAAGUGCCGAUGGUAAAGUACCUUAGUCAUCUUGGAUCAAUGGUGUGGUUUUUGUGCAUCUUGGUCGGUGCUGCAUUUCAUGUUAAGCUACCGAACUCGGAGGGUGGUUUCAGUGGUUUAGAGCUAAAUGUCUUAGAUGUGCUUGUUACCUUAUGGGUCAUUGGCAUCAUGGUUGAAGAAAUCAAGCAAGCUAAACGACAGGGCAAAGAACGAUACACUUCCCAAUGGUGGCAUCUGUGUACUAUUUUAGUUGUAGGUCUUUUCGUGGUAACGGCAAUCCUGUGGCUCAUUGGGUUUAUAAGCCUGGCAGAGAAGCAGGACACCUUGUCUGUCUCCUUGCGCACUAUUCUGGAUAAAAACAACGUUACUCCUAAAACGUUGAUUCUUUUAUCGCACAGUUUGUACUCCAUGGCACUCGUCCUUACCUUCUUCCAAGCUUCUUCUCACUUUCAGGUGAGCUACAACUUUGGACCACUGCACCUGUCAAUGAUGAAAAUGGUUGUCGAUGUGGUGAAAUUCUUCGUUCUUUUUGGUGUUGCUUACAUGUCCUUUUGUCUUGGAUUGAAAAAGCUUUACUCACAGUAUAUCGAGACUCUCAAAACAUCACUGAAUGYAUCAUCCAUCCAAAAUGCAACACACGUGUUUGAAGGAGCUGAAGGAGCGUUCAACCACUUGUUCUGGGCACUGUUUGGACUUACGGAAAUAAAUCUGUUCAAAACAGUCGAGGGUUUUGAAGUUACUCAAGUCACUGGUAAACUGAUGUUUGCAGCUUACUUAAUUACAGCCUUGGUUGCCUUAAACCUACUGAUCGCCAUGUUAACWAACACUUUCCAUAAAGUCAGUCAACAACAAGAUGUAAUUUUCAAAGUUGCUCGAACAAGGAUCUUGAUGCAGUAUGUGAACAGAGGAAGCGUGACGGCUCCGCCAUACAAUCUUUUGCCCUUCAAAGCCGCGGCUCGUUACCUGUAUAGCUUGAUCACGACUUGUGCAAUGCCGCACUACAACGAAAAUUCUCUCAGAUUUAACCAAAACAAGAGAAACCGAGUCAUGAGACUUCUAAUCCAAAGAUACUUCAUGGAGAAAGAUGAAGACGAGAUCUACUCGGAAGAUGUUUUUACUACGACAGCUGAACGUCAGCCAAACAUCYAUCAAAAUGGUAGUUUACAGACGAUGCUGUAGUACAGUAAAAGCUUGGAUUCCUGGCUACAUUUGUAUAUGUUCUCUUCAUCACAAGCAUGCUGACUACAGGAUAACUUUUCUCGUAGUUUAUAGAUUUUUAAAAACUGAGAGUUUUUGCUUCCGAAAGGAUGGACGGGAAAGCAAAUAUUAUGAAUAUAACAUUGUUUUAGAAUCAAAAKAUCAGCCUAAAAUCACUCUCUCAUCGAGCAGUGGCAUAAUUUAACACGUUUAGGUAGAU